AUCAUAAUACAAAUCUUUGAUCCAUCGGGCAGAAACCCUAGAUCGCAUCCCAUCCCAUCAGAGCCAUUGGAUCAGAUCGAAUCUCUUCUUGAAUUGGAAUCUUAGAUGGUGACGAUGGUUGAGGUCGAGUCGCAUUUGUAUUCAUCCAGAGCAGGAGGAAGUUUCAGCAUUCUCUUAAACUUGUUGUAGCAAACUCGAAAUUUGUACUGGAUCUUAGAAUCGAAAAUACUUUUUCAAUCUCUCUUUAACUGAUGUGUGAUUUGAUCGCUCGUACGGGUCGGCUCCAGCAACGGUACGAGAAUGGCUGCCGUCUCGUUGCCGGGUGCAUUCCAUUUAGAUAUAGAAACUCGGAAGAAGUCGGUGAUGAUUCUGACUGUGGGAAAGUGGUUCAAGUGUUGAUGAUCAGUUCUUCUGGUGGACCUGGACUUCUGUUUCCAAAGGGAGGGUGGGAGAAUGAUGAGACUGUCAGGGAGGCUGCAGCUAGAGAAGCUGUCGAAGAAGCUGGAGUUCGCGGGAUUUUACUGGAUUUGUUGGGAGAAUACGAGUUCAAAAGCAAGACUCACCAAGACGAGUUUUGCCCUGAAGGAUUGUGUAAAGCGUCAAUGUACGCUCUGUAUGUGAAGGAAGAGCUGGACUCAUGGCCGGAACAGGAGAUGAGGAGUCGGACAUGGCUCACAAUUCCUGAAGCAGUAGAGAAUUGUCGUCAUGCAUGGAUGAAAUGUGCCUUGGAGGAAGGCUUCUGUAAAUGGCACCAGGACAAAGGACAUGAACUUAUCCAAUAAAGCCACACUUCUCUUUUCUUUUUA